GCGCCUCUCCUACUUUCCCGGAUCAGAACUGCUGCUGCAUGCCUGAGAGCUCCAGUCCAGAACCAGAACCAGAACACCAUGCUGCGAGUCCGAUGCCUGAGAGGAGGGAGCCGUGGAGCAGAAGCUGCUCAUCUGAUCGGGGCUCUGGUGGGUCGCGUGGCGUCGGGAUGGGCGUCGCGCGCGUUCCGCAACACCUCGAGUUCCGCCGCCGCGCAGCUCCCGCUCACGGUGGACGAGCCGGUAACCGAGCACGCGCCCGAGGACUGCCCCGUGUGCGCGUUCAACGAGUGGGACCCGCUCGAGGAGGUGAUUGUAGGGCGAGCCGAGAACGCCUGCGUCCCCCCGUUCACCGUGGAGGUCAAGGCCAACACGUAUGAGAAAUACUGGCCCUUCUACCAGCAGCACGGGGGACACACAUUCCCGAAGGACCACGUGAAGAAAGCAGUCGCUGAAAUCGAGGAAAUGUGCAAUAUACUCCAGCAUGAGGGAGUCACAGUGAGACGACCGGAACCCAUCGACUGGUCAGUGGAGUAUAAAACCCCGGACUUCACCUCCACCGGCAUGUAUGCAGCGAUGCCGAGAGAUAUCCUGAUCGUGGUGGGGAACGAGAUCAUCGAGGCCCCGAUGGCCUGGAGAGCCCGGUUCUUCGAGUACCGUGCGUAUCGGCCCCUCAUCAAGGAGUACUUCAGACGAGGAGCCAAGUGGACCACUGCACCCAAACCCACCAUGAGUGACCAGCUGUACGAUCAGGAGUACCCCAUCCGCACCGUGGAGGACAGACAUAAGCUGGCUGCUCAGGGGAAGUUUGUCACCACUGAGUUCGAGCCGUGUUUCGACGCUGCAGACUUCAUCAGAGCUGGCACUGAUAUCUUUGUACAGAGGAGUCAGGUUACAAACUACAUGGGCAUCGAGUGGAUGAGACGUCACCUCGCCCCAACCUACAAGAUCCACAUACUCUCCUUCAAAGACCCAAACCCCAUGCACAUCGAUGCCACCUUUAACAUCAUCGGCCCGGGGCUGGUGCUGUCCAAUCCGGAUCGGCCCUGCAGGCAGAUCGAGAUGUUUAAGAAGGCCGGCUGGACUGUGGUGACUCCUCCGACUCCUCUUAUUCCAGACAAUCAUCCGUUGUGGAUGUCAUCCAAAUGGCUCUCCAUGAAUGUCUUGAUGCUGGACGAGAAGCGUGUGAUGGUGGACGCUAACGAGAUGACCAUACAGAAGAUGUUUGAGAAUCUGGGUAUUAACACCAUUAAAGUCAGCAUCCGUCACGCUAACUCUCUGGGAGGAGGCUUCCACUGCUGGACGACGGACGUGCGCCGCCGCGGGACGCUCCAGUCCUACUUCCUCUAGUCUGCCAGAGACUCGCAGUUCUUAUUGAGCUCAGAUUUCAGCAUGGUUUGACAGCGCUGUGCAUGUCAGGGCUUUUGCAAACGCCACAGAUGAACGUGAUGAAUAGAAACCUCAGUGAUCUCAAUAACAACUGCAUUUCUGGCCGGCUGUUUUAGGACUGACUCCAGCGAAGCAGGCAGAGCCCCCCCCCCCCCCACGCCACCACGACCACA